AUGGAGAAACGGUUUUCUGAUGUCAUUUAUAUUGCAGAAGCUAGUAUAAAAAGUAUGAAUAAUACGAAUCGUAUUAUGUUAAAUGUUGAACUUCUCAGCAUUUAUGUCUCUAAGAUUAUUUCUUGUAGAAAAAUUACAAAUCCAGCGUUGGUGGAAUUAACAAAACGUCUUUUUCAGGAAGAAGUGGAUUUGGAAUGUUAUGUUAAAGUGCCUAGAAGUGAAGUACAGUCGGUUCAUCUUGUAGUUAUUGUACUAAAGGAGAAUUCUGUCUGGAUUUGUGGGGAUUAUACUUAUUUGAAUAAAUGUUUAGUGAAACCAACUUCUGUGGAAUUGAUUAACAUUCAUUCAGUAUUAGCCAUUCCUAAGCACAAGUUGCGCUAUUUGUUGAAGUUGGAUAUAUUAAAUGCAUUCAAACAAUGUCUUUUCCCUUCUCACAUAUUGGAUCAGUCAAUUAUUACAACUCAGUUUGGUUUUUAUAAGCCUCUUUGA